CUGAAGACAAACGUCAUUAGACAUGACACAGGUCCCGUAUACUGUACCCCUAAUGUGGUUUACUUAAAAAUUCGGCUUAUAAAAUUAAAAAAAAAUAAUUAUUUAAUUUUCAUGAAAAAUAUUUUUAGUUAAUUAAAAAAAAAUAAUUUUUUUUUAUUUUUUUUUUAAAUUAUUAUGAAAUUGGGUUUAAUGAAUAGUGUUGUUAAUGUGAAUGUGUUAGUGAUAUUUGUGCAAUAUGCCGAGAAAGCGUAGAUCCUCGCCCGUAGAGAAAAGGGAUGAGACGGAGGACGAUGAUUUUCUGUUUGACGAUACUCAGUCCAGUUCUGGUAGAAGUGGACACGAGCCUCAACACAGGAACGCCGCAAACGCCCGGGAACGAGCACGUAUGAGGGUACUCUCGAAGGCCUUUUGCAGGCUGAAAACCACUUUGCCAUGGGUGCCGGCGGACACCAAGCUGUCAAAACUGGACACGCUACGGCUGGCAGCGUCAUACAUAGCGCAUCUUAGAGCGCUGCUACACGAGCCGCGGUCCGCGCAUACUCCUCCACACCCGUUGAACCUUGCUUGGCCAUUCGCUUUCCAACAUGGCGGUUCUCUAAGCUGCAGUAUAUCGCAGCGGUGGAGUCUCAAUCAGCAAAACUCCGACUCGCCGAGACACCAACCGCCGCAGAGGGAGACCCAGAACUGCGACACAUACGGACAGGACUAUUCCGAAAACGAUUAUGACGACAGAAACUAUGACGACACGAACGAGCAAUGCAACCCAGUGCAAUACACGAACUACGGUUACAAAGAGAAUUAUUAUGAAAUGAGAAACUUGUAUUCAGCCGACGGACUGAUGAAUGUGUGAUUUUUUUUUUUUUAUUCUUAAGUAUCUAUUUUUGGGAAUGAAAUGCGUGGGAAUAAACUACUUUCAGCUUCAAAAGUGGAUUUAAAAAAUAAGAAAACCAAUAUCGAACAAAUAUUUGUCAGGACAACUUAAUUUAACAAAUCAACUGUAACCAAAAUGAGACCAUAGAACGGCAGAGAAUGAGUGGAGUCACGCACUUGUGAACCUUGUGUGUAGGGUUAAAGGCGCCUUUGACUGUUAACAAACACUCCCCUUUUCCACUCAAGUCAGUCUCCCCGCCUAUCCCAAGUAACCCAUAAAGAAAUACACGACAAGAAAUGUGGACCGUACGACGAGCACCUUAUCUCGCAAGUCGUUCCCGCCAACCGAUCGCUACCCCUCUCUAAAUCCCUACUCUUUACGGACACAAGUCGCGCCACCUAGCGUCGGCACGAGCCAACACCAGAUCGAGCGACGUCAUAUCCGUCUCAGACUACUAUUUCCUACAUUACCUACUCGUAUGUUUGCAUAGGUACCGUGCGCCAUUCUUCGAUGAUUCUGAAAUUAUAAAAAUCGAUAAAAAAUAUUCUAAGUAAUAAAACUUGUCAUUAUCUAUACUAAUAUUAUAAAGCUGAAGAGUUUGUUUGUUUGUUUGAUUGAACGCGCUGAUCUCAGGAACUACUGGUCCGAUUUGAAAAAAUAUUUCAGUGUUAGAUGCCACGCGGUUGAAACCGCGCGGCAUCUACUAGUCAUCGAUAUUAUCCGAUGGGCUUUGACUACUGGACAUAGGCUUAUUGUAAGGACCUAUAGUGUAUAGAUAUAAUAGCUUGGCAACUUCGUUCGUAACACUCCUGAUAAUCCGCGCGGGCCGGGGGGAGUGUAGCGAUGAAUGAAACCCCACGACUGAUGCACCUCACUUCUCGCACGCACGAUUUCACACCCACGUCUUUCCCCCCGUCGACCGCAUAUCAUGUGAGUGUCAUCAACGAACUUGCCAGACUAUAGUAUAGGUAUACCUAAAUUCAUCGUCAAAAAUAAAAUUUUGAAAUAGGUACGCCAUUAUUUUCAAUUUUAUAGCUUUUGAUGUUAUUGGUCCUAUAAAUUAGUAAAUUAAUAGGUUCUAUUGGUUCUAUAAUUACGUUCUAUUGGAUAAAGGCUUGAUUGCACUAUUGUAAAAGAAUGCCUUAAAGUUAAUAGGUACUUAUGAUUAAGACUAGUUAGUAAGAUAAUUAGUAAUUACUAAUUACUGUUAGGAAUUUUUUACUUAUAUUUAAGAAGACUUAUUAUAUAAAUAUUUAUAGAGAAUUAUAUAAAAGUGUGUACGACAACAAACCAAAUAAAUACAAUAA